AUGUGUCACAAUCUUAUCUAUAUUUUUACGGUCUCAAAUACCUUCCAGAAACUUAAGAGUGAGACGGGAAUAGACUCGUUCAAGUUCGACCCCGGCGAGACCAGCUGGCUACCACAGCCUCCCGUACUGAGGCCACAGAAGAUGAACCCGGUGCAGUACUCUAUGGACUACGUGCAGACCGCCGCCCAGUUCGGGUCCAUGGUAGAGGUUCGCGUCGGCCAACACAGCCAGCAGUUUCCGUACUACGUCCGCAUGCUCGACAAGGACAGCAGGUGGGGCUUCGCCAACGGCCUGGCUUCGCUGGUGACGACGCUGCUGCAGAUGAACAUGGUGGGCUACCCCUUCGUCCUGCCAGACAUGGUGGGCGGCAACGGCUAGGGCAGCGACGUCCUCACCAAGGAGCUCUUCAUACGCUGGCUGCAGGCCACCGUAUUCAUGCCGGCCAUUCAGUUCUCGUACGCGCCCUGGGACUUCGACGGCGAGACGGUGGAACUGAGCCAACAGCUGGAGGCGUUGCACGGCCGCUAUGCCCCGCGCAUCGUGGAACUGAUGCGGAAGGCGGUACAGGACGACAGCCCCGUCAACCCCCCAAUCUGGUGGGUCGACCCCACCGACGACACCGCCCUCGCCGUAAACUCAGAUAUGGAGGGCGAGGCUUUCCUCUUACAUUGCUUCCGCACCUCUGGUCGAACCAUCCUGUUCCUGCUCUUUGCCUUCCACUGUGUUAAAGUUGGUACAAGAUUCUGA